CGCCGGCGCCCAGCGUCAAGCACCUACCAACCGAGUGCUCGCGAACCAAUGCCGGUGCCAAUGCUUUCCAACCAAUGCCGGUGCCUAGCAUCCACCCUAUAGCCUCGGCCUCACCCGGCGUCAACACCAACGCCAACGCCAAACGCCUAGCACCAAUGCCAACUCCGAGCACCGGCGCCG